UUAAGUGCUGCCUCUAGCUGGUCACAGUGAACUGCACUGGUGUAAUUGCUGCUGAUAGACUUCUGCUCACUGCCUGUGCAGGGACAGGUAACAAACCACAAGUCAGCAGCAGAGCAAGAAGCAGGGAAGGAGAUGACAGUUUGAGCCUUCAUUUCUUUUACUUUGUAUACUCAUUGUGCUGGGUCCUUGUCAUGCUUUUAGCACUUGCUGUAGUUCCCUGUGUGAAUGUCACAGCGUUAUUUGAACGUUAAUUGCUCUGGUAAAACAGGUAUAACCCUGUUUUAAUGCAUGUUUUUGUAAGUUUGCAGAAGGUGCAGAGUUGUUGGUGAUGCUGAGAAUCACUAUGACUCCUGUAGCUGAAGCAGAAAGAGGAAGAAGCUACAAACAGCGUGGCACUUCAUUCUCCAAGAAGUUUGCAUGAACAGCCACAACUUCACAGUCUCCCAGUUCUUGUCUCAGCCUUUUGUGCAUUCCAAUCAGUCGUAUUGUCAUCGGCUGCAGCAUGACAUGUAUUUUCUUACAAGCAAUAGCAGACUGAAUGAGCAAGUCGUUGAUAAGAUUAUUCUUCAGCUGAACAGAGUCUACCCCCAAAUUCUUACCAAUGCAGAAGCAGAAAAGUUCAGGAAUCCGAAGGCAUCGCUCCAUACCAGACUUUCAGAUCUGAUAAAGCACCUUCAAAAGAAAGGAGACAGACACUGUCAAGAGUUUUACAGGGCUCUGCAGAUCAAUGCUGAACAGCUGUAUAAUGAUCUGCCAAGCAGGAAGAUCUUGAAGACUACAGAUUCCACAGGGAUAGACACAGACAAGGAGAAAUAUAUGCUAAAUGACAGGGGUCCAGUGUUUUUCCUGGCCUGUUUCAGUGUCGUGGCUGGUGUUGCCUUGUGCUGGUACUGCUCUAACUCAGAUACGAAAGUCAUAGGAAGAGCCAGGAGAAUCUUGGGCUUUUCUCCUAUUAUCAUAGGAAGACAUGUUAGAAAUAUUUGUAUGUUGUAUUUGGAAGACAUAUCAAGAAAUUAAGGAAAAGCUGCCUCUUCACUUGUCUGUAGAGUGUGCCUGCCAAGGGAAGACAAGAGUGCAUGAAUAUUAAUGCAUUAUACUCUCAUACCAAAGAUGUUAUUAACUAGCUUCCUCCAUAAUUAUGUUGCCUCAAGAUGUAUUCAGAAUCUCAGCUAUAUAUGUCCUUCCUUAUGGGAAUGGACCAUUUAUUUUUGUAAGUGCUUAUUUUAAAAUAUUUAUCAUUUGGAUUGAAAAAAAUAUUUUUAAUACAAACUUUAAAAUUAUAUCCUGAGUGAUCAUGGAUCUUAAGCCAUGUUUGCAUAUGUGUUUUAUACUGAAAUGAAGGAUCACAACUGUUUGAAGAAUGCUAGCCUGUCUUUUGUGAUAAUUUUAGAAAAGGACUUUAAAAACCCACGUGCACUCAAAGCCUUACCAAGGGUCUCCAGCUCAGGACUGUUUUGUCUAGAUCCUUGAUACUUACUGCCAGAGCUGGGGUGGGCACUGGCACCCACAUGAUUUAGCACUGCCAGUUUGUGGGUGCCUGGUGCUUGCCCUGGGUUCUGGUUCCAGCCUGCCCUGUUUGUGUUCACACUCAGCUGUUGUGUUGCAGACUGGUUCCCAGUCCACCCAGGGUCCCAGGGACUGGAAUGUCUGAUCUGAAGCACUUUGAACUACCAAUAAAACGUUUCAGAAUUGUUUAGUUUUUCCUUUUCCUGUGUGAUGUUUUGCAGUCUUUUUAUCUAGGAAACCAAAGUAAUCCAAGAGAUUUUGCAGGGACUUAAGUGCUAUUACAUGGGGCUUUUUUUAUGGCCAGAAAUGUGUGUACUUGAAGAGCCUGAGGUUGUUUGUAAUGUCUUGAUGAUGUUUUUAUUUUGUGAGUUGAAACCUGAAAAACCAUUGUAAGACUAAACUUCUUGAGGGAGGUUGAGGGCAUUAGGGCUGCAAGUGAAGAAGUUUGGUGUAUCUUAGCUGUAUGAACCUGACCUUGCUCCUGCCUGGCUGAGCACACAUGGCUUUGCUCUGCCAGCCUGGAGGUGCAGGGGUUCUGAGCUGGCUGUGAGAGAUGACAUUUUGAGUGGAGAAUUCUUCAAUUGCCUGCUCAAGAGCAUGAAGAGCUUGGGGAGACAUGUCCCCCAUGUGCUUGGUGAGAAUGAUGUUUUGUGGCCCUUCGUUUCCAGAUCAAAUCAAAUGUCACCUGACCAGAAGUUCCAGCUACAAGUUACCAGGCACUGGAGGAUCCCAGGCCAAAUUUUAAGUUGCAUUUGGAAUGGUUUUCUCAAAACAGUCAGACAGGGAAUUGUCUUCCAGCUUUCAGCCUUAUUUAUGGUAUAAAAAUCUUCUCCGAAGUAAAUAAUCUGUAAUUUCUUCUGGGACAACCUUCACCUGAUACAGUAGCAAGUGUAGGGUCCAGAGAAGGAAAUGAGUACAGGGCCAAAUUUUCAAAUAAAAGACCCAAAGAAUAAGUGCAGGAAUUGUCUUGAGAGAUGAAGAAGGGCUCAGAGGACCCAGAUUUUACUCUUCUGAUCUAAUGGCAUUGGAGUGUGGUUGAGAUACGAGCCAGUCCCACGCAGAAGUGGCCACAGUCUUCAUUAGGCCAGGAGUGGACAGAGAGUCUUCAUGGCCAUGGCUGGUGUGUGGCUGCUCUUGAGACACCUGAGUGGAACAACAACGUGCCCUCGUGGCCAAGAAGGCCAGUGGUGUCCUGGGGUGCAUCAGGAGGAGUGUGUCCAGCAGGUCAAGGGAGGUUCUCCUCCCCCUCUGCUCGGCCCUGGUGAGACCUCACUUGGAGUGUUGUGUCCUCUUGCUGUGGAGCUCCUGGUGACCCUCUCAGCUCCUGUGUUCUUCUCAGCUCCACCCAUUUGCAAUUUCCAUGUAAAGCCAGGCUGCUCUUUCAAGUGCUUCAGUGGAUGUGCCUGCAAGGCAGAGCUGGGAUAAAGUGAUGAUUCAUUCUGGGACACACUGGUGACUUCAGAGCUGGAGUUGCUCCUCUUUCUUUCACUUGUGAUUUUAUUUUUCCUCAUACUGUAAUAAACUCAAAACAUGUUUUGUCCAAGUUUGCAGCCGUGGAUGCUUUUCCCUGCUCUUCUGUACACACAAGCCUGUGCCAUAGUGGUGUCAGCAGCACUGCAAGCAGCUUGCUGUGCUUCACAGGUCCUGUGCUUGGUAAUCACUUCUCCUAAUGUAUGUCCACGUCUGCUUGACUUCUGGAGAGAUUGAAUGGAAUUUGGUUUAUUUUUUUUUUUAAUGAAGUGAAUCUGGCAAUUUAAAUGGAAAUAAAAUUUAUACUGAGAAAAAAA